CACCAGAAACACAACAGUGGAAAAAAUGUGCAGCAUGUUCAGGUCGUGGAUGAUGCUCGCAGCGCUGGUCCUGUGCCUGCUCGCGUGCUUGAGCAGCUUCGCGGACGCGUACCCUCCCAAACCGGAGAGUCCGGGCAGCAACGCCUCGCCGGCGGAGUGGGCCAAGUACCACUCGGCUGUCAGGCAUUAUGUCAACCUCAUCACCAGGCAGAGGUACGGGAAGAGGUCGACCCCCGAGCAGGCGGUGGCGUGGCUGCUGUUUGGAGCUGAUUCAAACCAAGACACUGAGCCACGCUCCGACUACAUCGAUCAGUGGUGACAAGACCCCGAGAGACAAACCUGCACUGGACUCUGUGACUCUGCAUCUUUAAUUAUGAUUUCAUGUGCAUGCUAAUCUCCCUCUGUUUGUCUGCUCCUCCUUUUUCCAUCUGUUUGUUAGUUCGUUUCACCCAAAAUGUACAUAAUUUCUAUCAAAAAUCAACCCACUUUACAAUGAAGAUUGAAUGGAAUAAAGUGAAUUAAAGUAUUAAA